CAUGCCAUCCUCUCAUCUCAAAAAGGAAGAAAAUAAAAAGAAAGAGGACAGAAAAAAUCGUAGCAUCGCAAACGCCUACGCGGCCGCAUGCAUGCCCCCGACGCGGCCGAUUGGGCAUUUGGGGCGAACGGUUGUUUCGGCAAGGAAGCCGCGCCUACGCCCGCCCGCGCUCGCGCCUCUCCACCGCCGCCGGCGUGAACCUCAACCAAGCACCGCGCCCGCGCCGGCGACUGUCCAUAAGGCCGUGUCCUGCCGUCGCGCACCCCUGCGUCGUACGAUCGUCCACGAUACCAAGGUAUCAGCACAGACUGCAGCAUCAGACUUAUUUGGCUGGAGAAAUCAGGGAUCAUCAGAGUCAAAGGCAACAAGAUUCUGCUACCAUAUCAGUGCAAGCGAAUGGCUGACUGUUUAAAGACAUGCCUGGAUCUUCUAUUGUGAAUUCGCAGUUCUUUCAUGGGUGGAUUGUCAGGAUCCCAAACUGGUAGAGGUGGGGGAUGGAAUUCUCUGCUCUUCUGACUUCAGCGGGGAUAAACAUCGCUGUCUGCGUGCUCUUCUUGUCCCUCUAUUCGAUCCUCAGGAAGCAGCCUCACAACUUCAGCGUCUACUUUGGGAGGCGGCUUGCUGAAGAGAGGUUCCAGAGGCAGGACGAUUACUUCUCGUUUGAGAGGCUACUGCCUACUGCUGGUUGGAUUGUAAAGGCGUACUGGUGCACCGAAGAAGAGAUUCGACAAGUUGCUGGCUUGGACUCUGUUGUGUUCCUUCGCCUCUUCAUUUUCAGCAUCCGUAUCUUCUCAAUUACUUCUCUUGUUUGUGUAUUUGUUGUGCUUCCUGUUAAUUAUCAUGGGAAAGAGAUGAAUCACAAUCAUAUUCCGGAAGAGUCACUGAAUGUUUUUACUAUAGCCAAUAUCGUCGAAGAAUCUCGAAAGCUUUGGGUGCACUGCUCUGCUUUAUAUGUCAUAACAAUCUCAGCCUGCAUUCUUCUUUUCCACGAAUACAAGUAUAUUUCGAGGAAGAGACUAGCACAUGUUACUGGAUAUCCUCCAAAUCCUGGGCUUUUUACCGUGCUUGUCCGUUCGAUUCCGAGGUUUGACAAUGAGCUGCUUGAUGACACAAUCAGAAAUUUCUUUGUUAACUAUCACGGAUCAAGUUAUCUGUCGCAUCAAAUGAUCUUUCGCAAGGGACAUUUUCAGAAGUUUGUGGAUAGAGCAGAGAGGGCUUACAGGAGAUUUGUAAGGGUAAGACUCUCCGUAUCUGAGCGGAAUGGGAGAUCUAGCAUGUCCAGGUGUGGUGUCUGUGGUGUAAGAGCUUCCUCAUUUCAGCUUUACCGCAACAAGUUCAUCGAGGCCAAGAAGUCAGACCUCACUAAUCCGGAAGUAGUGGAAGCUCAAAAGAACUGUCCCGGUGCCUUAGUGUUCUUCAAGACUCGCUACGCAGCCGUCGUCGCCUCACGGGUAUUCCAGUCAUCAAACCCUAUGCUAUGGGUGACAGAUCUGGCUCCUGAGCCACGCGAUGUGUAUUGGUCAAACCUCUGGAUCCCCUACAGACAGAUCUGGCUCCGGAAGCUAGCGACACUCGCAGCUAGUAUCGUUUUCAUGUUCGUGUUCAUCGUCCCCGUCGCGUUUGUCCAGAGCAUGAUGCAGCUGGAGCAGCUCAAAAGGAUGUUCCCGAGCUUGACAGGUCUCCUAAAUAAGUCCUUCUUCGCCAGAGUGAUAACGGGAUACCUUCCUAGCGUCACCUUGCUGCUGUCCCUGUACACCGUUCCCCCGCUGAUGAUGCUCUUCUCCUCUAUAGAAGGGUCCAUCUCUCGCAGCGGGAGGAAGAGGAGCGGGUGCUUGAAAAUCCUCUUCUUCAACAUCUGGAACGUCUUCUUUGUGAACGUCCUGUCGGGAUCCGUGCUCAACCAGCUCAACGUCUUCUCCAGACCCAAGGACAUGCCGACGAUGCUAGCUGAACUAGUGCCGAAGCAGGCAACCUUUUUCAUCACGUACGUGCUCACCUCAGGCUGGGCGAGUCUGUGCUCGGAGAUACUGCAGGUUUUCAACUUGGUCUACAACUUCUUCAGCAGGUUCGUCUGCUGCUGCCAUCGCCAGAAUAAGGAAUACGUUUACUCUUUCCCGUACCACACCGAAGUGCCCAAAGUCCUCCUGUUCAACCUGCUCGGCUUCACGUUCUCGAUCAUGGCGCCCCUCAUACUCCCCUUUCUGCUCGUGUACUUCUGCCUCGGCUACUUGGUGUAUCGGAACCAGAUUCUGAACGUGUACUACCCAAAGUACGAAAUGGGGGGCAAGCUGUGGCCGGUCAUGCACAACGCCAUCGUGUUCUCGCUGGUCCUGACGCAGGUGAUCGCGCUCGGCGUCUUCACCAUCAAGCGCUCCCCCGUGACGGCGGGCUUCACCAUCCUGCUGCUCGUCGGCACGGUCCUCUUCAACGAGUACUGCCGGCACCGCUUCUCCCGCAUCUUCGAGGCCUACUCCGCCCAGGACGUGAUCGAGCUGGACAGGGACGACGAGCAGUCCGGGAGGAUGCAGGAGAUCCACCAGCAUCUGCUGGACGCCUACAGCCAGACCCCGCCGGGGGAGGGAUCCUCCAGGGGCGGCAGCCAGGUGCCCAUCGAGCUCAUCAUGGAGGACCCCGCGCAGGAGGCGUCGGAGUCCAGCCAGGAGCUCUGCGACACCGUGCAGGAGGUGUCCGGGGCCAUCCACGACCACGACCACGUCGUCGAGGACAAGGCGCAUUCCGUGUAGACUAGAUGGUCUGGACUCUCUGCGGGUGCGUACGCAUGUAGAUGCUGUACAGCGCGCAUAGCAGACUCGAAACCCGGAAGCAAAUACUUACAUUUAUAAAUCUACGUGUAUAGAAACAACAGUCUAAUCUAUUGGCAAUCGGGUACUUUGGCCCGGCCCAACACUUCA